CGAGAGCCGGCCAUGGGAUUCCGCAACGUAUCUACCACAAUGCCUGGGUCUCUUCCAGUGAAUGCUGAAUCCUGCUGGCCCAAAGAUGUGGGAAUUGUUGCACUGGAAAUAUAUUUUCCCUCUCAGUACGUUGACCAGACAGAGCUGGAGAAGUACGAUGGUGUGAAUGCUGGCAAAUACACCGUUGGGUUAGGCCAGUCAAAGAUGGGAUUCUGCUCUGACCGGGAGGAUAUCAAUUCUCUCUGUUUGACUGUGGUUCAGAAGCUCAUGGAGAGGAACAGCCUUUCCUAUGAUUGUAUCGGGAGAUUAGAAGUUGGAACGGAGACAAUAAUUGAUAAAUCAAAAUCUGUAAAGUCUGUCCUGAUGCAACUUUUUGAAGAAUCUGGUAAUACAGAUGUAGAAGGAAUCGACACCAUGAAUGCAUGCUAUGGAGGCACUGCUGCUCUUUUUAAUGCUAUUAAUUGGAUCGAGUCCAGUUCUUGGGAUGGACGUUAUGCACUUGUUGUUGCUGGAGACAUAGCUGUGUAUGCCACUGGAAAUGCCAGGCCAACAGGUGGAGCUGGUGCUGUCGCUAUGCUAGUUGGUCCAAAUGCUCCGUUAAUUUUUGAGAGAGGAUUGCGUGGAACCCACAUGCAGCAUGCAUAUGACUUCUAUAAACCAGAUAUGGUCUCUGAAUAUCCUAUAGUUGAUGGUAAACUAUCUAUACAGUGCUACCUCAGUGCAUUAGAUCGCUGCUAUACUGUCUAUUGCAACAAAAUCCAUGCCCAGUGGCAAAAGGAGGGGACAGACAGACAUUUCGCCUUGAAUGACUUUGGAUUCAUGAUCUUUCAUUCUCCCUACUGUAAACUGGUACAGAAAUCUGUGGCUAGACUAUUGCUGAAUGACUUUCUCAGCGACCAGAACCUAGAAACAGCAAAUGGUCUUUUCAGUGGUUUGGAAGCUUUCAGGGAUGUAAAACUUGAAGAUACAUAUUUUGACAGAGAUGUGGAAAAAGCUUUUAUGAAAGCCAGUGCAGAGCUCUUCAAUCAGAAAACCAAAGCUUCAUUACUCAUAUCCAAUCAGAAUGGAAAUAUGUAUACCCCUUCAGUCUAUGGUUGCCUUGCCUCUCUUCUAGCCCAAUACUCCCCAGAGCAGCUCGCAGGACAGCGAAUUAGUGUGUUCUCAUAUGGCUCUGGUUUUGCUGCUACGCUGUACUCCAUCAGAGUUACACAGGAUGCCACUCCUGGUUCUGCACUGGACAAAAUAACUGCCAGCCUUUCUGAUCUUAAAACAAGACUUGAUUCAAGAAAAUGCAUUGCACCUGAUGUCUUUGCUGAAAACAUGAAGAUUAGACAGGAAACACAUAAUUUGGCCAACUAUAUUCCACAGUCUUCAGUAGAAGAUCUCUUCAAAGGAACAUGGUACCUUGUGCGUGUGGAUGAAAAACACAGAAGAACUUACGCGCGGCGCCCACUCAUGGAUGAUGGACCUCUGGAGGCAGGAGUUGAAGUUGUCCACCCAGGCAUUGUUCAUGAGCAGAUCCCAAGCCCUGCUAAGAAAGUGCCAAGAAUCCCUGCAACAAUAGAAUCUGAAGGCGUUACUGUUGCCAUUUCCAAUGGGGAGCAUUAAGAUACCUCUGUGAGGUGGGGAAUGAAACAAGGUGUGAGGGUAGGGUGAGAGAGAGAGAAAGGAUUGCAGUAGUACUGAAAUUUCAGUGUACAGUAGUACUUCAUUGGAGCAUGGAAAAACUGUUUAAACUCCUUGAAAAGAUUUGUCAUAAGUAUCUUCUACUUGCUUUUUCCAUGUAAAAUGACUUGAAACCUACACUGUUAACUUUUCUACUUGUACUCAAAAGUGGGUGGCAAAAUAGUCCAAGCUUUUAAUGUUAGGGUUCUCAGUGCCUUGACAGUAAGCAGUCAAUCUUCUGAAUACUGCACUUGUCUUUCCCUUUAUCACCUUCCCUUUCUUCUCCCAGUCUACCUCCCAUCACACCAUUGCUUUGGGAAAGGUAUAGAACCAAGUAACAUUCAUUGCUGGAAUAGAAUCUCUCUCCCCUGUCAAAAUGACUGGAUCAAGAAUGGCUAGACUGACAGGUGUGUUUUUUCCAAGAAACUCUGACCUACUGUGUUAGUUACUAUGUAAUUCCUCCUAAUAUCCAUGUUAUCUGUUUUAUACCUGCGUUAUAAAUCACAGCAGCCUGGGAGGAAAGAGGAACAAGAAGGGAGAUAGUUGGCUUUUCUUCUAAAGAACAAAAAGGAUAUAUUUCUUGGGUUCAUUGAUUUGGCACCUUUUGGGAUCGUUUAAUUGCAAUAGAAGUAUUUAAGGCAGCAGAAUUUUCAAAUAAAGCUUCUGAAUAUUAUGGAGCUGUUUUAAUAGGCAAACUAAGGAAGGGAGGAAGAUCACUUUGUCUGGAACUCUGGCCUCUUGCUAUUAUUUAUAUAAUACAUUUCUAAGAGACUAUUUCUAACUUUGAAUUUGGCUUGUACUUUGGAGUCCUUCUCACUAUUGGUAAUGUUGUAGGAGUGGGGUC